AUGGUUGGGGAGAGAGAAAACCAGCCCCAUCGCAGUGCCGGGAUUCAGAGGGCCCUUGACGGAUUUCGUCAGUGUCAUUUGGGGGCUGAUCUCGAUGUCGACUCAAUGCGUUAUCAUGGUCCAAUGGCGGCCUUGACCCGCUUCGUUAGUCGCAGCGCUCUGAUUUGUCCACAGCCUACGGUUACACAGCUAGGUGGCCGGGCAGCUGGCACUCGCCGGGGUCCUCCGUUGACGACGCGGUGGCGGGCGGGAUUUCGGUAA